AAUCCCAUUAGAGUGGUUUAAGGGCUUGUGAGUUUGAGAGGUUAAGAGAAGUAGAGAUAUUGCAGCGACCGGAAGCUAGUUCAAACUAGUGGAAGGUUGGGUGCAGAGCAGCUGCUGCAGAGUUCAAGAAAUUGGUUGAAAUGGCUCGUGGGAAGGUUCAAUUGAAGAGGAUUGAGAACCCUGUGCACAGGCAAGUGACGUUCUGCAAGCGCCGAGCUGGGCUCCUUAAGAAGGCUAAGGAGCUGUCUGUGUUGUGCGAUGCUGAAAUUGGAGUCUUCAUUUUCUCCGCUCAUGGAAAGCUCUAUGAACUCGCCACUAAAGGAACCAUGCAAGGGCUUAUUGAAAGGUACAUGAACCACACCAAUGGGAGUCAGCCACCAGAGCCACCAAUAGACAACCAAACCCUGGAAGUGAAGGAGGAGGUCAACAGGCUGAAACAAGAAAUUGAAGUCCUAAAGGGUCUCAGGAAUGCUUUAGGAGGAGGAGGAGUGGAAGGAAUAAGGACAUUGGAUGAGCUUGAUAUGCUUGAGAAGCAACUUGAGAUUUGGAUUUGUCAAGUGCGUUCUACAAAGAUGAAGUUCAUGUGUGAAGAGAUUGAUGCACUGAGGAACCAGGAACUCAUACUGAAAGCUGCCAACAAGUAUCUUCACGAUAAGAUGGAGGAAAACAUUUGCAACACAACUAACAUUGAAGCUGUGAAUAUUACUAACUGUCAAUAUCCACUAACUAUACAGGAUGAGUUAUUUCAGCUUUGCACUUAAGUUAGCUGCUAGAAAAGCAUAUGUUAUAUGUUUUAAUGUAAAGACAUGAGGACAUCUAUGUAGCUACUUACUCGUGUGAGGUUGAGGUUGCUGUUUUACUACUUUUAGCAGACUUUAACGUUGUUUUUAUGCAAAUAAUGACAAUGCAUGUGCAUUGCUAAUUGCAUUGUCGGCAAUGAUGAUUAGUAUCAUCAUUAUCAAGUUUGUCACUCUUUUCUUUUGUAA